AUGUCCACUCAAGCCUCUCACGCUACCGUCCUGAUUCCGGGGCCCGUUGAAUUCGACCAUGCGGUCCUGCAGUCUAUGUCCCAUUUUUCUGAGAGCCAUGUCGGGCCCGGUUUCGUAAAGACAUUCGGCGAAUCCCUCACCCUCCUCCGCCGCCUCUUCCAAACCACCUCCACAUCCUCUCAACCCUUCCUCCUCGCCGGCAGCGGCACCCUGGGCUGGGAUCUCGUCUCCGCCAACCUUAUCGAGCGCAAUGAAAACGCCCUGGUCUUACACACCGGCUACUUCGGCGACUGCUUCGCCGCAUGCCUUGAAACCUACGGUGCCAAAGCAACCCAACUCAAAGCCCCGAUCGGCGACCAACCCUCCCUCAGCGAGAUCGAACAAGCCCUCAAAGAAAAACCCUACAAAAUUCUCACAGUCACCCACGUUGACACCUCCACCGGCGUUCUGGCAGAUAUCAAAGCCAUAGCCGCCCUCGUCCGCCGCGUCAGCCCAGACACCCUCGUCGUGGUUGACGGCGUCUGCAGUGUCGGCGCGGAGGAAAUAGCCUUUGAUGCCUGGGACCUCGAUGUCGUGCUGACCGCCAGCCAGAAGGCCAUCGGCUGUCCGCCAGGCCUCAGCGUGGUCAUGCUCUCGGGCCGCGCCAUCCAGUGCUUCAAGGCCCGCAAGUCGCCGCCCGCCAGCUACUACGCCUCCAUCGCAAACUGGCUGCCCAUCAUGCAGAACUACGAGGCCAGGAAACCCUCCUACUUCGCCACUCCUGCUACCCAGCUCGUGCAUGCCAUGCACACCACCCUGACGCAAUUGAUGAGCAAGCCCCUUGCAGGCCGCUUUGCCACACACAGGGCUACCUCCCAGCGUGUUAAGAAGGCUGUCGCAGAUUUGGGAUUGCAACAGCUGGCUACAAAGCCCGAGAACCAGUCUAAUGCCAUGACAGCCAUCCGCUUGCCGGAGGGCGUAACCCCACAAGACAUCUUGCCUCUUCUGGCGAAGAAGGGUGUUGUCUUUGCCGGUGGAUUGCAUAAGGAGAUUGCGUCUAAGUAUAUCCGCUUCGGGCAUAUGGGGGUUAGCGCCACAGAUCCUACGCGGCACGAUAUUGAUAGGGCAAUUGCGGCUUUGAAGGAGGCUUUUGCGGAGCUGAGGAAGUAG